AAACCUUCCACUGCCUUUUCCUGUUAAAACUCUUAAAGAUUUAUUAUUAUUAUGUACAGAUAAUGUAAAAUUCACAUUUGAAGGUGAACACUUCAGACAAAUAGAUGGUGUAGCUAUGGGCAGCCCUCUAGGACCAUUGCUAGCUGAUGUGUUCAUGGGAUAUGUGGAAAAUUUAGUUGGAGACUCAAUUCGAAAGAUGGGUCUGUAUAAACGAUAUGUAGACGACAUAAUAAUCAUAGGUGAUAAAAUUGAAGACAUAAGCCACUUGUUAGAAGAAUUCAAUAGUAGUCAAAACCACAUUUCUCUUACAUGUGAAGAAGAGAAGAACAACCAACUUCCUUUUCUUGACAUCCUGAUUACUAGGAGAGAUGAUGGUUCCAUCAAACGUGCUAUAUAUAGAAAACCAACAUGGACAGGACAAUAUCUUAAUUUUCAUAGUCACUGCCCUAUUCAUUAUAAACGUGGUUUAAUAAAGAGCCUAUUCAAUAGGAUCAAUCGUAUUUGUACUAGUGAUACUAUUGAAGUAGAGAUGAAGCUCUUGACUGAUGCGUUAAUCAAUAAUGGUUACCCUUUGAAGUUCAUAAACCGCUGGAAGGGUUGCAAUAUGACUAGACCUAUGACGCUUCUGGCACCCAAAAAGCGAGUUUAUAUUACGCUACCAUUCAGAGGUGACAUAAAUAGUCUCAUGUUGAAACAGAGACUUAAAUUAGCUAUCAACCGGACAUUUUAUGCAGCCCAACUUGUCAUCAUCGAAAAGACAAGGUCUAUGUUUCACCAAAAGCCCAAACAGCAUGAAAACGAUUGUGUCACAUCCCAUUGUGUCUAUAAAUUUACAUGUAUGUGUGGAAACACGUACGUAGGGAGGAGCAACCGUGAUUUGCAAUUAAGGGUGGGUGAACAUAUACCAAAAUGGUUGCAAAAUCAGAUGAAUUCCAAUGGUGAAAUAAGAUCACAGGAUAGACAGACAUCAUCAUCCAUUGCGAAACAUUUGAUUGAGACGGGUCAUAAGGUUGAUAUCAAAUCAGCAUUUGUUGUGUUGUACAAAAGCCUUCAAGGACGUAUACUAAGGUUUAUUGAAGCCUUGGCUAUACGAAAAUUGAAACCCCCUUUAUGUGUUCAAAAACAAUUUGUACUUACACUUAACCUACCCUGGUAGUACUGAUUUACUAUCCAGAGUGGUAAUCACAUUUGUUUUUGUGUACUUUAAUAUUUUUUCCUUUGUUAUGACUUACCCUUAACCUGUCUAGUUGAC